AUGACAAACAGUUUUAGUGGCACUGGGAUGCUAAUUGGUCUUAUUACAGUUUCUGUCACUUUAGAUAUAAGUAUACACAAUGGACUGAUGGCCUGGCAUAUCAACAGCAAUGUGACUCUGAACCAGAGCUUAUCUGUGUUGGACCCAUUCAAUGCAUCAGAUGUAGAUGAGGUUUCUUCCUCAUCAAUUGCAGACAAGAACUGGUCUGCACUCUUGACCUUGGUCAUCAUUAUUCUUACUAUUGGAGGAAACAUCCUUGUGAUCAUGGCUGUAUCUCUUGAAAAGAAGCUACAAAAUGCAACCAAUUUUUUCCUAAUGUCUCUGGCUGUUGCAGAUAUGCUGGUGGGCAUCUUAGUAAUGCCAGUUUCGCUAGUUACAAUUUUGUAUGAUUAUGCCUGGCCUUUGCCACAGAAACUUUGUCCUAUAUGGAUUUCAUUGGAUGUACUCUUUUCUACAGCAUCAAUCAUGCAUCUCUGUGCAAUUUCUCUUGAUCGGUAUGUAGCAAUACGUAAUCCCAUAGAGCACAGUCGCUUCAAUUCCCGGACGAAAGCUUUAAUGAAGAUUGCUGCAGUAUGGACUAUAUCAAUAGGUAUUUCAAUGCCUAUUCCUGUUAUUGGUCUUCAAGAUGACUCCAGAGUAUUUGUAAACGGGAGCUGUGUGCUGAAUGAUGAAAAUUUUGUACUUCUUGGAUCUUUUGUGGCAUUUUUUAUUCCACUUAUUAUCAUGGUUUUCACUUACUGCUUGACGAUCCAGGUUCUCCAAAAGCAAGCUACUGUGUUUAUGUAUGAAGAAUUUCCAAAACAGAGAAGGAGCAGUUCCAGCGGUUUAAAGAAAGACAAUAAUACCGAAAAUAUUUCAAUGAUUCAGAAUCAUGAGGCUGCAUCACACCUUAACUCUCCAGUAAACAAAGAGGCAGCUUUAUAUCGUAAAGGAACAAUGCAGGCAAUAAACAAUGAGCGCAGAGCUUCCAAAGUAUUAGGGAUAGUCUUCUUUCUCUUUCUCAUCAUGUGGUGUCCAUUCUUCAUCACAAACAUUAUGUCUGUACUUUGCAAAGAGGCCUGUGACAAAGACCUCAUGCUGGAACUCCUGAAUGUAUUUGUUUGGGUAGGAUAUGUGUCAUCCGGAAUAAACCCACUGGUCUACACUCUUUUUAACAGAACAUAUCGACGAGCAUUUUCCAAUUACAUCCGUUGUCAGUAUUAUAACACUAGGAUGACAACUCUGCAGCAGAAUCAAUGUCACCUUAAUGCUACAGCAUCAACAAUGUAUUGCAAGGACCUUAAUUUAAAUAGUUACAGAAAUGGCAAUGAACUCACCAGUGUGGACAUGGAUGAAACUGAAGAGGCCAUAGAAAUCCAACCUGGGACUUCAGAAUUAUCAAUAAACAACUCUAAUAUUGUCAGCGAAAGAGUUAGUUGUGUGUGA